AAUUAUUGAUCGAAAGUAAUUUGAAUCAAUUUUCAAUCAAAACUUCGUUCCAACCGAUUUAACGAAAAAUAAUAUACAUCAAUUUGGUAUUGAAAAUUAGUUUAAAUUAAUUUAUAGACUCACAUUUCUUUGAAGUGCUUUAAAGAAAAUUAAUUUCUAUCAGUUUCUGUUCGUAAACUAAUUUAAAUCAAUUUGUAAUAACUAAUUCAUUUAAAUUAAUUUAGAAAACGUCUGCUAAAAUUAAUUUCAAAUCCAAAAUUAAUCUGAACAAAUUCUUGUACCCAAAAUUAAUGUAACUAACUACAAAAAAAAUUAAUGUAAAUUAAGUUCAAGUUUUUCGAAACCAAAGCAGGUACUUAUUAAGAAAAAUUUACCAAGCAUUUUUGAAACUGCCAUAUCACAAAAAGUUGCUUCGGAAAACUUAGCCUCUAAUUAUAUCAGAUAUACUACGGGGACUUUGGGUUUUUUCUUUUUUGAAAAAAAUGUAUGAUCAAGUACAAUGUUGAUCAAGUGAUUUCAUGUAAGUGCGAUUUUGUAAGUGUAAUGUAAGUGCGAUUUUUUUGUUCAAAUAAACGAAUUUAUAAUUUACUUUACUUUUUAUUGCAGGCACAUACGAUGAACAGUCAUUUAAAACAACUCUACAACUACAAAAUCAUGUUAAUACUCAUUUGGGUACAAAAUCGUUCAAAUGUAAGCUUUGCACGUAUGCAUUUACAGGGUUCGGUGAAUUAAUUCGACAUAUUCGUUAUAAAAGUUCAGAUAUAUUUAAACUUAAACGCCAUUUAAGAGUUCAUACAGGAGAACGUCCAUAUCAACGCACAAUAUGUAGUUUUUGCAUUACUCAAAGUAAUUCAUUGAAAGCUCAUAUGUUAACCCACGAAGAAAAUGACAAACAUUUCCAUGCACGUAUGAUGCCUUUAGCGAGAAAAUAUGAUUUGGGAUAUCAUAUUGGAAAGCAACAUAACACAAUGAAACCAUUGUCGUGUGACAAAUGUGAGCAAGAUUUUCCCGACAAGCAAGGGGUGAAAAACGGGCUGGUUAAAUAUAUCAACGACAGAGCAAUUGAAGAAAAACAAAAUUGGUUGAAUAAUAGUUCUGUCAAUGCCAAUUUACAAAGAAAACUAUCAGCUUUUGUUGAAAAAGGAUUAGAAGACUGUGUUAAUUCAAAACCAUAUCCAGAUUCAACUAAUUCAUCGCGGAGAUAUCGGUUGGAAAAGAAUGAAAAUGGUGCCACUUCGUUACGAGUGAUUAUACCCCCACCGAAGCCAAGAGAAAAUCAAAAAAAGAUACAAGAAGAGCCACGAGAUGUGCUUUUGCUGACUCGACGAAACGAAAUUGAUUUAAUCGUCAAAGAAGGAUUACAACAUAUGGAAGAAACUGGCUCGUUGUCGAUUAAUCAAUGUUGGAAAAAAUUAAAAAAAACUACUUCAUUAUUGAAAUUUAAAUUUGGGUCUAUUCAAACUGGAGAAAGUUCCACAUCAACAACAGAAAAAUGUGGCAGAUGGUAA